UUUUAUCGACUGACUUUAAAUGAGCCCACGCCCACUCCAUCCUUCCCAGUAACUCCUCCCAAGGAAACAUUAAAAUAAAGGAGCUGUUCUCAGAGUCAGUGAAUAGACACACGAACCCAAAGGUCUAAACAUCUGGAAAGUCCUGGAGGAAGAGAAUGGCUGGACCCAUCUGGAUUCUGCUUUCUGCGUGCCUGCUGGGUUGCACCUCUCAAAUUUCUCUUUCAGACCAGAAACACAUCACAGCUGAGUCUGGACAGGACGUCAUUCUGACAUGUCGAGCUCCAAAAUACAACGGUCAAACUUUGCUGUGGAGCAGAGCUGACCUGGGAGAUGAAUAUGUCCUUUUGUAUCGAGACGAGGUGUUUGUUACAGACAACCAGCAUCCAUCUUUUAUGAACCGGGUGGAUCUACAGGACAAACAGAUGAAGGAUGGAGAGGUGUCUUUGAUUCUGAAGGAUGUGACAACUGCUGAUGCUGGGAUAUACGAGAUCCAUAUAAGUCCAAGAACAAAGCGCAGGAGGAGAGCUAAUCUGGGCGGGGAGCCCAUCUGCAGCAUCUACCUGAGAGUUGAUCCUCCAGGUCAGACAGGAGGAGGCAGAGAGGAUGGAGGGAAGAAGGGUGUAGGGAAGGAGACAGGAUCUCUUGGACUGAUCGUUGGUGUGGUAGUUGCUGCUGCCCUCGUUGUUGCUGUUGCUGGAUUUGUGAUCUACAGAAAACAUAAAAAGGCAAAAGAAGUUGGUCUGUUCUCGUCCAAAUAUCUCAGACCUCUUAUCAUUAAACAGUCUCCUGCUGUUGUUCCCACUUCCCAGCGUUGUCAGUGAACAGACACAGCAGGAAACUUCACAAUGAAACUGAUUUGUGAAAUGUCACCGACAAUUAAAACUCUUUGUUAAGAACACAGAGUAUCUUUUUAUAGUGUAAUGGAGUUUAACUGUUGACCUAGUGUGUGAGAGCAAAGAAAACAGAGAAUUUUGCUGUUUUAUCAUUUAUUAUCCAGUUAUUGCUUCAUCCAGAUCACACCAUAUAAUUCUGAUUCUGAAUCACUUUAACUAAUCUCUCAGCAUUAUUACAAUAUUCUGCUCUUUACACUGGAUGUCUUUGCUGCAGUGUUCAAAUAUUCAGCUUUGUUUUACAACCUGUGCCUGUGCAGAUAUUAUUUAGCAGUGACCUGCAGUUGUUCAGAAGCUCUAACUUGAACAAAAACACGGUGCUUCUGUUUUUAAUGUGAUAACUGCUGAUUAGAGUCUGAAACUUGAACUUGAUACACUUGAAGCUUUGCUGUCAAACAGCCUGAUGGAGACAACGUGGAAAUCGCUUCAGUUUGUUAACAGAUUAAAGUAAAAUUAAUUAACUCAACUGACUCAACCAUCACUCUUGGUUUGUGUUCAGCAGCAGAAAUGUGAAUUUCAGAGAUCAGAAGAUUAGAAUCAACAAUAAGAACUUUUAUACAUUUUAAUAAUAAUAAUAAUAAUAAGACGUUUUAUUUAUAGGCGCCUUUAAGACCCUCAAGGUCACCUUACAAUAGCACAAAAACAAAGUUCUCUUAAAACAGACAAAUACUCAGUUUACACUAUGGUAACAUUAGAGCUGGGCUUUAACAUUAAUGUACUCCCUCAGCACUGAAUCUAUAUGGCACUUAAAGCUUCAGCAAAAGUUACCAUGCUGAUUUAUCCAGGUAAAGUCACAGCCGCUUUCCUGGUACUGAAAACUGACUUUAAGCUAAGACAAAAUUUGCCAACCGAUUAACCUCGCUCUGUAGUACGCUCCUCAGCUGAACUAAGAUAAUAACAAAUAAAUAAAACAAUUUCAACACUCAUUAUUGAUACCAAGAUUGUUUACAUGGACUUUUCUCCAUUCAUUUUGGGUUUGUCAUUUUCAAAGAGGAAGCUCAGGCAGCCUCGUUGGGCUUAAAAGGAUAAACUUUAAUCACUGAACUUUUGGAAUAGGUGUUGGGACGAAACUCCAUUAAUUAUAUAUGUACCAUGUGUGUUUUGGCAGUGCCAGGAGCUCUGCCAUCUACUGUCAUCUACAAGUAUUGUAUUGUACACAGGUAUGAAUAGACUCAUGAGCCACAAAAGAUUGAAAUGCAACUUGAUCGACAUUAUUAAUUUAAGGAAAAUAUGAAUCUAAUGAGGACUUAUGAACAACUGCUGUAGUCUGAUCCUGUGACGUGUCUCUUUCAUUGCUUGUUGUUUAGUAAAAAAAAAUGCUUGCAUGUAAAACUCAUAAUCACAAUAAAAGAAUAAAAGCAGAAA